AAGGCAAUUUUCUGGUUCAAUCAUUUCAUUGCUCAAAUCAUGGCGCUCAACAAACUCAGGAUUGAUUCAGUGGAUGUGUCCGGGAAACGAGUUUUCAUCCGCGUGGACUUCAAUGUGCCUCAAGACAAGAAGGACCCCAGCGUGAUCACCAACACCCAACGUAUCGAUGCAGCACUGCCCACCAUCAAGUAUUGUUUGGAUAAGGGCUGCAAAUCUGUGGUGCUUUGUUCCCAUCUUGGUAGACCUGAUGGCAGUGCAGUAGAGAAGUACUCGCUGGCUCCGGUGGCCAAGUGUGUCCAAGAGAAGUUGGGCAAGCCGGUGACGUUCCUGAAGGAUUGCUGUGGAGCAGAGGUUGAAGCUGCUUGUGCCAACCCGGCGAGUGGCUCUGUGAUUCUGUUGGAGAACUGCCGAUUCCACGUAGAAGAAGAAGGCAAGGGCGUCGACAAGGAUGGCAACAAGAUCAAGGCCGACAAGGAAAAGACCAAGGCCUGUGACCUCAGAUUGGAUGGUGUGGCGGUAGCGGAG